AAUCCUGCGUGUCGGCUAUUACCUCCCUCCAUUCUCCGUAGGACAACAGCCAUGGCCACCGCUCCCGUUCAUCUUGUGCUGGAUAAUACGCUCGGCGCAAUGUUCAUAGGCGUUCUUUUGUCCGCGAUCUUGUAUGGCAUCUCGUGCCUGCAGAUGUGGCAUUACAUGGACACGUUCAGAAAAGAUCCGUGGUACCUGAAGAUGCUGGUCUCCGGCGUAUUCUUCUGUGACACUGUUCAUCAAGCACUCAUUUCGCACACUGUUUAUUAUUAUCUUAUUUCGAACUUCGACAAUCCCAUCGCGCUCAACAGCAUCGUCUGGAGCUUGGUCACUGAGGUGCUUUUCACCGGAUUUACUGCGUUGAUGGUUCAGGGCUUCUUCACCUACCGCAUCUGGAGACUCAGCCACAAGAACAUAUACCUGACCGUCUUCGUCUCCGCAGUGGUCCUCGGCAACUUUGUGGUUCUGCUGGCGUAUACUAUCAGAGCAUUCCAGCUUCCUUUGUUGUCGCAACUUCCAAAGAUCAAGCCGCUUUCGGAGGCCAUCAACAUCAUGGGCGCGAUCACGGACGUCCUCAUCGCGGCAGCCAUGUGCCUCUUGCUCCACAAUGCACGGAGUGGAUUCAAGCGGUCGGACAGCACGAUCAACAGGCUCAUGAUCUUCGUUUUCAACACCGGUCUUCUCACCAGUGUCUGCGCUAUGGCGUCUUUGAUUUCUAUUCUCGCAUGGCCGAAUGCCUACAUUUAUAUUACAUUCUUUUUCAUGAUCGGCCGACUGUAUAACAACUCAAUCCUUGCCGCCCUGAACUCGCGCACCAGCGGCGGCAGUACCUCUGCGAACGGUCGCAGCAGGGACAACGGUGACGUGUCCGUGUCAUUCGGCGCAAGCAACACCCAGCAGCGUUCGUUCCAAUUGUCCAACGUGAAAAAGACGUACCCCGAUGGUGGUUAUACAUCACCGACGCCGAAGCAAGGAAUCACCAUCAGCAUUGAUCGCGACUUCGAGACGUAUGAUGAUAUAGAAUCGCACAACGCCAGUGUCACCACCCGUGUUGGGGACAUCAAGUCCGAAGUCUGAGGUUCGUACUCGUCACGGGGUUGUAUCAAAAAGCCCGGUCCAGGCGACAAGGCACCAAGAAUAUAAGUAUAUUCGUAUGUUCAUGUCUUUGCGGCCAAUUUUUGUGGGGGCUUUGAGCCCAAUGUUACAUCACAAUUACACGUUCAAUGUACAUACAACAACCAAUUGAAACAACGAAGCGAUAAAAAUCGCAUAGACUGUCGGUGCACAGUUCCUUCUCGGAAGUGUAUGGCACUAUCAUUCGUCCCCAACGAGAUUUAUGCACUAUGGAAGUCUACUGUAUUCUUUAGUUUGAGCUCAUGACGUAUGUGAGACUGCCAAGAGGUCGGCUCGCGGUUCAAGAGCCAGCGCAAAGUGUUAGUGUUGCCUGGUAUCCCUUUCUUGUCAUAAUAGAACAGCAGUCGCUCGAAACCGUCCUCGGCGACGUAGCCUUGGAUACCCUUCGCCUUCGUGAAACUUUGAAGCACCCGUUCCCGAGGUAAUUUUACAGCCUCCACGGUUUUCGUCCCGCUCUCGCUGUUCUUCAGUUCAUGCGCGAGAACCUUAGCGACAUCGUCCAGAGAACUGUUCUGUCCGACGAGUUCAUAGCUGGCAUAAUUAUGCGCCGUAGGAUCCAGGAUGACUUCUGCAGCGACCGACGCGACGUCACUCAAAUCAACGAAUCCUUGGAGCACAGACGGCGUGUACCAUGCCCCAAGCUUCCCCGACGAUGCGG